GAGAGCGAGGUGUAGAGAAACCGAGGGGGAGAGAACCCGAGUGUGUGUAUGCGUGUGCGUGUGUGAGCGCGAGCGAGCUUGCGAGGGAGAGGAGAGAGAGAGUGCGAGCAAGAAAGAAUAAAAGGAAAGAAGAUUUUCUCUAUGUAUAUAAAGAUGGCCACGUUAGCAAACGGACAGGCUGACAACGCGAGCCUCAGUACCAACGGGCUCGGCAGCAGCCCGGGCAGCGCCGGGCAUAUGAACGGAUUAAGCCACAGCCCGGGGAACCCGUCGACCAUUCCCAUGAAGGACCACGAUGCCAUCAAGCUGUUCAUUGGGCAGAUCCCCCGCAACCUGGAUGAGAAGGACCUCAAGCCCCUCUUCGAGGAGUUCGGCAAGAUCUACGAGCUUACGGUUCUGAAGGACAGGUUCACAGGCAUGCACAAAGGCUGCGCUUUCCUCACCUACUGCGAGCGUGAGUCAGCGCUGAAGGCCCAGAGCGCGCUGCACGAGCAGAAGACUCUGCCCGGGAUGAACCGGCCGAUCCAGGUGAAGCCGGCGGACAGCGAGAGCCGAGGAGGUAGUAGCUGCCUGCGCCAGCCCCCUUCACAAGAUAGAAAACUCUUCGUGGGCAUGCUCAACAAGCAGCAGUCUGAGGACGAUGUGCGCCGCCUCUUUGAGGCCUUCGGGAACAUCGAGGAGUGUACCAUCCUGCGCGGGCCAGACGGCAACAGCAAGGGGUGCGCCUUUGUGAAGUACUCCUCCCACGCCGAGGCGCAAGCCGCCAUCAACGCUCUGCACGGCAGCCAGACCAUGCCGGGAGCCUCAUCCAGUCUGGUGGUCAAGUUCGCCGACACCGACAAGGAGCGCACAAUGCGGCGAAUGCAGCAGAUGGCUGGCCAGAUGGGCAUGUUCAACCCCAUGGCCAUCCCGUUCGGGGCCUACGGCGCCUACGCACAGGCACUGAUGCAGCAGCAAGCGGCGCUAAUGGCGUCAGUCGCACAGGGUGGUUACCUGAACCCCAUGGCUGCCUUCGCCGCCGCCCAGAUGCAGCAGAUGGCGGCCCUCAACAUGAAUGGCCUGGCGGCCGCACCCAUGACCCCAACCUCAGGUGGCAGCACCCCUCCGGGCAUCACUGCACCAGCCGUGCCUAGCAUCCCGUCCCCCAUUGGGGUGAACGGCUUCACUGGCCUCCCCCCACAGGCCAAUGGGCAACCUGCUGCAGAAGCUGUGUUUGCCAAUGGCAUUCACCCCUACCCAGCGCAGAGCCCCACCGCCGCGGACCCCCUGCAGCAGGCCUACGCCGGAGUGCAGCAGUAUGCAGGUCCAGCCGCCUACCCUGCUGCCUAUGGUCAGAUAAGCCAGGCCUUUCCUCAGCCACCUCCAAUGAUCCCCCAGCAACAGAGAGAAGGGCCCGAGGGCUGUAACCUGUUCAUCUACCAUCUGCCCCAGGAGUUUGGGGACGCUGAGCUGAUGCAGAUGUUCCUCCCUUUCGGCCGGCACCCCGUGCCCUCCCGCUGCCAGGCCCCCUCCUGUCAGGGAGGACAGUGUCCAAUAAACUCCUCCACCCGCAGGCUUCGUGAGCUUCGACAACCCGGCCAGCGCGCAGACCGCCAUCCAGGCCAUGAACGGCUUCCAGAUCGGCAUGAAGAGGCUCAAGGUGCAGCUGAAGCGGCCCAAAGACGCCAAUCGCCCGUACUGAGUGCAGGCGGGAGUGUCCCCCGGGGGAGACCAGGACUCGCACAGGGCCAGUCAAAUCCACCACAGUCUCGCGCUGAGCUAGGAAUAAAGUUCACGUAAUCACAUGAGAGUGGAGAAAACAGUCCCCCAUCCGGCAGGAUGCUGAACGGGCUACAUUAAAAAACAAACCUCUCUCUCUAUAUAUUUAUAAAUGAGAACUGUUGGAUGACACCUUUGACAUAUCAGCCAAUAUCAAUCAAGCUGAAGACUCCAGACACUCUCUGUGACUGUCACAUUUCUUCAAGGAAAGUAUAGCGUCUAUGGAGUUCAGAGGGCACGUGUUUGGGGGAAAAAUAUAUAUGACAUAAAGAAGAAGAAGAUGAAGAAAAACGAGAAAAAAAAAAAAAAGGCAACUUUAAAACAAAAUAACUUGCGACAAGGUGGGGAGGCUGCAGGGCUGGGAACUGGGAAGGGCCGCUGCUUCCAGAUCCCUGGGGCUUUUCCAGCCCAUGGACGCCUGCGGCAGGCUAGGGCAAGCGGUGUGUCUGGUGGGGCCUGGUCCCCAGGGGGGCGGCUGGGAGGCCGCCACUGAUCAUCUCUAUCUGUCAUUCCUUUAGCUAUUUAGGGACCAAAGGACCAAACUUUUUAUUGCAGAUGUGUAGCUCUAGGUCAAAUAGAGGGGGAACGGAGGAGAACCUCCUUCCUGCCUCAUGGCUGUUCUUGAAACAGCUUAGAGCGAUUCUAUGAAAAAUGUAAUUAAAAAAAAAAAAAAACACAAAAAAACACACAAAAAACAAAAAAACAAAAAAAAAGAAAAAUAAUGCUUCAAUGCUUUUAAAAUAGCAAGAUAAUAGUUCUUUGAUACUUUGAGAGGCGCUUUGAUUACUGUCAUUCAAGUCUAUGACACUUUCAUAUGGUUUUCUGUAUUAUAUGUCUGGAUGGAGCUGUUAAGAUGAACAAAUUGGUGGAUAUUCGGGGAAAGUAACAAAAUAUGAAAACUCAUUAACCGUGAAGUGUGAGAAAAGGAGGGGAAAAAAAGGGACUGACGAGGCAAGAUAAUUGUUGUGAAAAGUCUGUAAAUGCUUCUAACUCUUCCCCCUCUUAAAAUCAUAAUAGUUGUACAGAAUUUUAAAAAGAAGUUUAAAAUACCUAUAUAAUAGAAGAAAAAUUAGAGGAAAGCAAAAAAAAAAAAAAAAAAAAAACCUAUAGAAGUUAGCAUUACUGCUAAAAUCCCAGAUGUUGUAGGACUGUACUUUUGUAGAGUUUAGACUGAGCAUCAAUCCCUUCUCCCCGCGAGUGCUGUUGGACGCCGUUGACCCCGAGGGCCAGGCCGGACCCGCGCAGACCUGUGGGCCCCUGGCUGCCCACCUCCGGUGGAGGCCGCGCCUCUGGCAGGAAGGCCCGCCGCCACCGCCGCCGCCACCGCCACCGCCACCGCCUCCGCCCUCGCCUCGCUUUGCUCCGGGAGCUGCGCGCGCUCGCCCGCUCUCCGCAAGCCCUCGACACCUCUGCUUCACUCGCCUUCCAUGCUUGCUCCAGAGACUUUCCGGGCAAGGGAGACCUGGGAACUUUCAUCUUAAAACAACUAAACAACACACACACACACAAAAACCUUAAACAAGAGAGAGAAAAAAAAAAAAACAAUCUUUGAAGAAUUUCUGAAACUGUUUACAAGGAAUUUU